AUGAGUACCUCAAAUGUGGCUGUAAACGAAGCUGGCAAUGAUUUGUUCAGAAAAGAAGUCAACACGCUAUGCUUGGACUAUUUGUUGAUGGAAACCAUCCCUCUCUCGUUGAGGGUGACCAAGACACUGAGCGAUAGCUCAAAGGGUGUUCCGACGCAAGGCAUACGCCAACUCAAGAUUGACCCCAAGAAACCGGAAGAGGAGGAUUUGCUGUUUCGUUCAGGCGGAAUCGAUAUAUUACUGGAUGAUACCGCUAUCCAGGAUGAGAACAGCAUAUUCAGGAUCGAGAGCUACGGUUACGAGAUAGGUACCAAACUUGCAGACUGUCUGAUUUACAUGAAAAGCGAUGGGAAUCUCCAGAUAUCACAGCCAUUGGAUAUAAUGAAGUUCAUAUGCCGUGAUGUGUGGAAAUUGUUGUAUUCGAAACAGAUGGACAACUUGAGGACCAACCACAGCGGAACGUUUGUGCUGAUUGACCAUAACUUCAGGCUGAUCUCGAACAUGGCAAGCCCACUAGGAGACCCUGACACUUUGAAGAGAGCUUCAUUGUACCUCUGGUUCCCAUGCGGAAUCAUACGCGGAAUCCUCUUCAGUCUAGGACUGGAGGCAUCAGUUCAUGCGGAAAUUACCCAAUUCCCCUCGGUUUCCUUCAACAUACAAACUAACCAAAGCUAG